AUGUUGGGCCGCCUAAUCAGGCGCGUGGCCAACCUGGAGGCCGCCAUCGCGGAGAGCACCGCCCAGCGCCGCGAGCUGCACAACCAGCUCGUGGAGCUGCGCGGCAACAUCCGGGUAUUCAGCAGGGUGAAGCCGCACCCGGCGAGCGCGCUGACUCUGGGUGGCGACGGCGCGUCGGUGCGGCUGUUUGCGGAGGGCAAGGACCAGGGCUUUACCUUCGACCGCGUGUUUGGGCCGCAGAGCACCCAGGCCGAGGUCUUCCAGGAGGUCUCCGAGCUGGUGCAGAGUGCGCUCGACGGCUUCAAGGUGUGCCUAUUUAGCUAUGGGCAAACAGGCGCCGGGAAGACCCACACGAUGCAGGGCAGCAAAGGCCCCGACGCCCAGGGAAUCAUCCCGCGCGCAAUACUGAAGAUUUUGGACGAGGUGGAGCGGCUGAAGGAGCAGGGGUGGGUGUACGAGCUGGAGGCCAGCUUCAUCGAGGUGUACAACGAGACCUUCAAGGACCUGCUGGCGGACGGCAAGGGCCGUGACGCCGGCAAGAUCACCGACCAGAAUGCGGUCAAGCACGGCGUCGCAGGCGGCCACACGCAGGUUGCAGGCGCGACAACUGUGCGCAUCACAACCACUGACGCGGCGGCAGCUCUGGUGCGCAAGGCGGCGCAGGCGCGCGCGUGCGAGGCCACGGCCAUGAACGCAGUGUCAUCGCGCUCCCACUCCGUCUUCAUGCUCAACAUCACCGGCCGGCACGCCGCCUCGGCCACCACCCUCCGCGGCGCGCUCAACCUCGUGGACCUCGCUGGCAGCGAGCGUCUGAACCGGUCUCAGGCGGAGGGCCAGCGGCAGAAGGAGGCCUGCUCCAUCAACAAGUCGCUGAGCAGCCUGGGCGACGUGUUUGCCGCGCUCGCCUCCAAGAGCGCCCACGUCCCCUACCGCAACUCCAAACUCACCCACCUCCUUCAGCCGUGCCUGGGCGGGAGCGGCAAGACGCUGAUGUUUGUGAACGUCAACCCGGAGGCGCCCUCGCUGCAGGAGACGCUGUGCUCCCUUCGCUUUGCCGCCAAGGUCAACUCCUGCGAGACCGCUGCGCGCGGCGGAGCAAAGCGGCAUGUCGAACGGGCCGGCUGCGAGGCGCCCUCUUCCUCUGCCGCCACUGCACAGGUGACGCUUCACAGCAUCCCAUCUCUCAGCAAACAUGCCAGCCUUGCUGGACUGUAUAUGUAA